AUGGCUCUAAGCGUGAUGGCAACUAUAUUGGCCUUGUUUACCCCAGGGUUGGCAAAUGGUUCUUCAUGCAACCUGUCUUCACCCACUGCCUUCAUCUCUCAGGGCGCUAUCAGGGGAUUUCGCGAUGCUUACUGCAAUGCGGUGUAUCUGGGGAUCCCGUUUGCUGCCACCACUGGCGGCAAGAAUCGGUGGCGGCCACCACAAGAUGCUCCCAAGUCGAAGUCCAUAUUCAAAGCAACGUCCUAUGGACCAACAUGUCCUCAGGCAAUUCCUAACCAUCACUUUAGUCGACAGAGUGAGAACUGUUUAAAUCUCAACAUCUGGGCACCGCCCAAGGGCAACAACUUGCCUGUAUUUGUCUACAUGUACGGCGGCGCCAUGGUUACUGGUUCCAACAGCAACCCACAGUUGCAGGGCACCAACUUUGCUCGCAAGGAUGUCAUUUACGUCAACUUCAACACCCGUGAAAGUAUAUUCGCUUCGCCACACUCCGCGGAGCUGCGAAACACCAAUCCGGACGAGUCACAGAACUUCGGCGUCCUGGAUGUUGACAAGGCAAUGGACUGGGUUCGAAAUAACAUUCAAGCAUUCGGAGGCAAUCCUGAUCACAUCGUCUUUGGCGGUCAUUCUUCCGGUUCGGUGCAGGUCGAUCACUACCUGUGGAACCAUCUAGACACCUGGCUCAAGGGAGCAGUCCAGAUGAGUGCCAAUGCCAUGUCGGGCCCUGCUUAUGCCCCCAUGAACGAGGCUCUUGACGUGGUUGCAGCCGAGGUUGGCUGCCCUUCCAGCACAUCUGGCAAAAACCAACUAGACUGUCUCCGAACCGUAGACGCGUAUGCCUUCCAGACCGCACGGUUCAACUCAACAUUCAACACAUGGUUCACCCCCAUCGUCGACGACAUUACUCGUUACUCGGAUUACUCGGCUCGGUUCAAAGCCGGCAAGUAUGCCACACAUGUGCCCCUACUUACCGGCAACGCAGAUGGCGAGGGUACAAUUUUCAGUCUCGUAUACGCAGCCGAGAACAGCGAUUUCCGAUCAUGGAUCAAGACGUUUGACGCGGACAGCUCUCACAUUCCAGAAUGCUCUCUUGUCCGCGCGUAUAACCCUUCCGACUUUGCCAGCGAACCCCUUCGUAGUGGUGCCCAGUAUGGUGAUGCUCGCUUCAACUGCGCCGUUGACUACCUCCUAGACAUGCGAAGCGCUGCCCAACAUACCUGGGUCUAUCGCUUCUUUGGCGCCUACGACAACGUAGUUGGGCCACCCAACACGGCUCCCACUCACGGCACCGAGGUCCCCUUCUUCCACGGCGGAAAUGAAUGCUUCCAGUCCCUAACCAAUGUCACAAAGGAGCAGCAGGCACUGGCGGACUCUAUCCACGACUGGUUUGUUGCGUGGGUCAAGAACCCAGCGGCUGGUCCGGGCUGGGACAGGGCCUCACCCGAAUCUCAAAAUAUGGUAAAAAUUGGGGUUCCAGGAGAUGAGUUGUCACUGGUCAAGGAGUUGACCGGGACAUACAACUCUCGAUGCAAGUCGGUAUAUGCUCCUGCAUUUCCAAAGUAUCCUGUUGUCCAGUCAAUUAAGUCUGUGCUUGAGAGACUAUUGAUAGCGCAUAGUGCUGUACCUAGCACGCAAUACUGCGAGGGCGAUGCUGCGGCCAAAGGGAGACAUGAUCCCAACGCGGAUGCUAUUAGGGUUAAUGCUGCUAGCCGUCUAUUAUACACGCUCUAUUAG